CGAUUCACAAUACAAAACUGUAAACGAUAAAACUUAUCACGUUCAAUGUCACUUGCAUGCGACCCAUAAAUCGACAAUAGGUAUUUUAGAAAGGAUUAUUGUGGAUUUACCAACAUAUGAGGAUUAUUCGCAGUGUUGAUAUAGCAUAGUGAGUGACAGUUUCGCACAAUAUUUGAAAGAAGAAGCAAAGUUGGAUUUUUGAUUACAGCGUAUUUUGGCUAUUCCAUUCUAUUUUAAAAAACGAUUUUGAGUUUUCCGAGUUUGAAACAGCAGUAUGUUAAAUUUUCCCAAUGAAGAUGAUAUAUUGGGAUAGCGAAACAGGUGGAAUAUAAACUGAAACUUUAAUUUAGAAUGCAAUGGAGUUGAAUAUACACGAAAAUGAUCCAAACAAUAUAACUAUGGAAGAAAUUCAUCUGGAAUCGAGAUAUGAACACCCGAAUGAAUCAAGAAAUACAAAUGAAACUACAGGAGCAAAUAGUAAAUCAACAGAAGGGAGAAAUAUAGAUACCAGUAACAAAAAAGAAACUGGAAACAGCAGCAACUGGAACAAUGUCAUUCAAAAUUUAAAAAAUUUCUGGAACCAUCCAGCAGGACCGCUGACAAUCUUUUUUUGGGCACCUGCUUUUAAAUGGGGUCUGGUCAUAGCUGGUUUGACAGAUUUGGCAAGACCUGCAGGAAAUAUCAGUAUACUGCAAACAUUGGCCUUAGCUGCCACGGGAAUAAUAUGGUGUAGAUAUUCGCUUGUGAUUAUUCCUAAGAAUUAUAGUUUAUUCAGUGUGAAUUUGUUUAUAGCAGUCAGUCAGUGUUAUCAACUUUACAGGUCUAUGAAAUAUCAAUAUUUUUCAUGACAAAUGUCAAUUCGAGAUAUAGGUCCAGUUGCAGGAACGUCCAUUAAGAUUUAAUGGCCUAUUAAAAUUUAAAACUGUCAUUUUUGAAGAGUGAUGGUUCGUCUUUUAGACAACCCCAGUAAAAACCUACUGACUCACCCUGUAUAUUUUGACAUAAAUUAAAAUAAUAAUAUUUCGAAUUAUUUUUAAAUCCCCUUUGCGAUGAUGUAUUCUCACUUUUGAGAUAUUAUUGGGAAAACGUAUCAGUUAAGUACGAAAUGAAAUCUAAAUUUUUUGAGAAAUUUAUUUAAAUUAAUAUAAAUACAGCAGGUUAAUAUGA